GUAAAAACAAUUUUUUAUAGUAAUAAGUAAUAAUUUCUAAUACAGUUCACAAUGAAUUUUGGUAUUAGUAUACUGUUUUUUACAAUAUGUGUCAACCAAGGAUUUUUGGCGGCUUCUCAGCGAAAACCUUCAAAACCAGAAAAAUUGCCUUGGUCAAACGACAGACUUUCUACCAAGGAGCCAGAAACUAGCUCAUAUCGUCCAUGGUCCACAACAGAAUCUUAUCCUUCGCGAACAUCGUCUCGAUCAGACAGCAGCACUCGUAGAAUCUGGUAUAGCACCUCUGACUCUUGGCGAACAUCAGGACGAUGGGAUGGCACCACUGGUAGACCCUCAUAUUCCACCAAUGACCCUUGGCGAACAACAGGACGAUGGGAUAGCACCACUGGUAGACCCUCGUAUUCCACCAAUGACCCUUGGCGAACAUCAGGUCGAUGGGAUAGCACCACUGGUAGACCCUCAUAUUCCACCAAUGACCCUUGGCGGACAACAGGGCGAUGGGAUAGCACCACUGGUAGACCCUCGUAUUCCACCAAUGACCCUUGGCGAACAUCAGGUCGAUGGGAUAGCACCACUGGUAGACCCUCAUAUUCCACCAAUGACCCUUGGCGAACAACAGGACGAUGGGAUAGCACCACUGGUAGACCUUCGUAUUCCACCAAUGACCCUUGGCGAACAACAGGACGAUGGGAUAGCACCACUGGUAGACCUUCGUAUUCCACCAAUGACCCUUGGCGAACAACAGGACGAUGGGAUAGCACCACUGGUAGACCCUCAUAUACCACCAAUGACCCUUGGCGAACAUCGACACGAUCGGAUAGCAGUACUUAUAGGACCUGGUCCACUACUCGCCGUCCCACAUACUGGCCAACGGGCACAACUUGGUGGCCAACAGAAAGAUCGACACGAUCCGAUAGCAGCACUUAUACGCCUUGGUCCACUACUCGCCGUCCCACCUACUGGCCAACGGGCACAACUUGGUGGCCAACAGAAAGAUCGACACGAUCCGAUAGCAGCACUUAUAGGCCUUGGUCCACUACUCGCCGUCCCACAUACUGGCCAACGGGCACAACUUGGUGGCCAACAGAAAGAUCGACACGAUCCGAUAGCAGCACUUAUAGGCCUUGGUCCACUACUCGCCGUCCCACCUACUGGCCAACGGGCACCACUUGGUGGCCAACAGAAAGAUCGACACGAUCCGAUAGCAGCACUUAUAGGCCUUGGUCCACUACUCGCCGUCCCACCUACUGGCCAACGGGCACCACUUGGUGGCCAACAGAAAGAUCGACACGAUCCGAUAGCAGCACUUAUAGGCCUUGGUCCACUACUCGCCGUCCCACAUACUGGCCAACGGGCACCACUUGGUGGCCAACAGAUACAACUUGGCAGUCAACAACAAAUCGACCUUUCACAACCACUCAAUCUCCAAUACCACCGCCAACUCCUAGACCUGCACCAAGUAUUGAUAACUACUGUUUUAAAUGCUUGUUUUUAGAAAUUGAUUUCAGGUUAAGAAAAUAAUAUUUUAAGUUUUUGAAACAAUAUACAUAAAUAAUUUUAUUGUAACAAAAAAUUGUGUGUUUUAAUAAAAUUAUCUAAAAUUUUAGAGUAAA